AUGUUGGAAGAAGCUGCCAGUCAGUUCGCUGCGAAACCCGUCAUCGUUAAAGUCGGUGACCCUGCCACAGUGUUCCACGUCAAUGAGGACCUGCUGUGCGACAACUCCAAGUUCUUCAAGGCGGCGCUGAAGAAAGAGUGGCGCGAAGGUCAGACACGCAAGAUCGACUUGGCUGAGCAUGGCCCGGAAGUGUUCAAUUUGUGGCUGAAUUGGCUUCACGGACGGCGCAUCCUGAUGGACAACGACGAUGGAGAGAACGCAGUUCAGCAUUUCGACUACGGGCUGUUGAUCAAAGCUUAUCACCUGGGAGACAUGUUGCUCGAUCGUGACUUCAAGGACGCACUCUGCGAUGCCCUUGCCGUCACGAUGUCCCGUCCGGUCAAGGGAAUAGUCACCGUACCUAACGAAAUGAACAGAAAGUCGCUCUACGAGGUGACGGCUGAAGGAGCGAGGAUACGCAGACUUGUUGUGGAUCGUGUGGUCAGAUCGUCAAAUGGGCACAAUAUUUGCUCCGAAGCAGAUCACCCUGCUGCCUUCUUGCUGGACUGUGCCAGGGCCAACCUCACACAGAAUGACGAUCCCAAAGCUCGUUUAGCGACACCCGCAAAAGUGGAAGCCUGCGAAUUUCACGAGCACGGCGCUGAUGCCUGCUAUCGUACCAAAUACGCCAACAUUUCCGUCCUCUCUGUCGAGCUCGAGGUCCAUCGGCGCGGCGUCUGA